GCAAAGGUUGAGCAGUCUUGAGCACUCGAAACGAUGAGAGCAGUUCAUGGUGGGACGAGAAGGACGUCCAGUCAGCUGUCCUUGCUCCAUCCCACGGAAACUGCGAUGGUGCUCAAGGCCAGAGCGACUUGGGCGGCCAGAUGUCUGUUUGGUCCACGUGUCCCAGUCUGCCCAUGGAUCUUCCGUGGAGGUCCUUGCUGAUGGUGAAGCUUCAAGGAACACAGACGACAAGGGCAACGGCCAUGGCCACGUGACCUUCUCUGCAUGGCGCCGACCCUCCUUGCGCCAGCUACGUGAGUUCAGCCUGCAGGGGGUGAAAUUCUAUGCCUUCACCGUUCCACACGAGAACACCAUACAGGUGGCAGUGUGGAGACAACUUGGUGAUGUGGUAGCAGCAGGAUACAGGUCUUCCUUCGAUUCCUCUUUGCCGAUUUUGGUGAAAGUGGUGGCUCCGGAAGACUCACUUAGUCCUGGGAGGAUAGCGGCGCGGAUUGGACCCCUAGCAGACCUCUACCAGCGGAAACCCUUUGACAGGAAGACUUGGGUCUAUUGGGAAUCCUUCUGGGUGCCAGGCAAAGUGGGAAAGAUGUGCCUGAAGCCCUUGGAAGCGCAGUCUUCCGUAGUGCUGUACGCUGGACAGGUGCCACGGCCACGUCAUUCUGCAGCAGUGUCAACUCAGGACCUUGCAGCACUUGAAUCGAAGGCCCACGCCUUUGCUGACAUCUACCGCAGGGGAGUCUGGCCUGGAAUUUGUUCCCGGUCUGGACCUGGGUCUGAUCCCUUCCAUCCCAUGGCGCGCAUUGCCAUCACAGCAUUGGACAUGGCUGUGGAUCUGUUGGAAGCCACCUCGAUGCUGGAUGCUGCUUGUGGCGAUGCCGCCUGGAUUGCAUGUGGAUUCCUUUCGAGAAGACCUGAGGUCAAGUACACUGGAGUGGACAUCGUGGAGCAUGUCAUUGAGGAAAACCGGCAGAAAUUUCCGGCAUUGAGGUUCAUGGCCGCAGACUUCAGCCGAGAGACUUCGCUGCCAGCCACGGACUUUGUCUUCUCCAAGGAGACAUUAAACCACAUGUUCCUGGAUGAUGCUGUGCGAGCCCUGCACGUGCUACAAUCUUCUGGAACGAGAUACCUGGUGACGAACAUCCACCGUGGCGCGCCAAAUCAACUGGGUGAAACAAAAGGUCAUCAUGCACACUAUGCCCCGUAUGACUAUUCCCUGCCGCCCUUCAAUUUGAGGAAGCUUUGUCAAUUGGUCUCCAUCAACCUCGAGGACUGGACCGAGUACGCGCUCUUUGCUUUGUGAAAAGGAAUCACCCUUGCCUUGACUUCGAUCGAUGUAACAUAUGUAAAGGCUUGCUUCGAAAUGGUGGAGAUCGGAACUCAUAAUCUUCAUUGAGCUGACUUGACC